CUUUAGUUGCACGCACGCGCAAGAGCAGUAUGAACUGUAAGGCGUAACAAACAUCUCAUCUUCCUACCAUAUCAAACGGAUCUUCUCCUCCUUCCGAUAGUAUCAACACAAACACAAAAUGCCUGUUCCAUUCGAAGCAUUUAUUCCUAUGGGUCUAGUUGUCGUCAUGUUUGGCGUCACAGGUACCGGUUUCAGUUUGGCAAAACGAUUGACAAACGAAGGAAAGCCCGCUCGUCACAGUGUCGAUGAUUGGGACAGCAUGAUGAUGAAGCGAGAUGAACGGUUAACGGGGACGGCGCGAGGGCAGGCGACGGAUCCUAUAGCGCCCAAAGAGUUUGCAACAAAUAGUGUAUGGGGAACUGAAAAGGUUCGAUGAGUUAGAUUGUCUAUAUAGUAGUGCAACACUGUACAUUUGACGAUCAAUCAAUCAAUCGACCAGUGAAGAAUACCUAGUGAAGUGAUACGGAUCGGAAACAGCCUCGGAAAUGAUAUCAUUUGCAGGUAUGUGCCGAUCUCGUAGGACGGCAAAGCA